GUUCUGUGAGUCUUGGUUGUGACCACUCUCUGUGUUUUCUGUGUGCGUAUUUUCUCCGGGACGUUACUCUGACCAAACAUUCACUGCAGCUUUCACACGAACUCAAAAUAUACGGAAGUUGCCUCUUUUGGAUAAUGUGUUAAAUUGAAAUAAACAGAUGCGGCAGCGAAUUUAUUGAAUUAUUUAGUUUCGAACUGCGACAAAGGGCGUGCGCCUGGAUUAUUAAUGGACGAAUCGGGCAGAAGAUUGGACGCACUGCAACACGGGGUGCGCGGCAAUCUCCAGGCGACACAACGUGUGUAUUUGGAUUUAAUGAAGUUUCGAAGGUGAUUCCACUAUUUGUAAUUAAGUGUUAGUUGUCUCAACAAUUAUCAUUAACAUUUGUCGCAUGUUUGUGAAACUUUUGUGAAAUUCAACACCCUAUCUACUCGUGGGAAUGUUUUCCGAUGUUGGAAAAUGCGGGCUGUCCUCUGAAUGAAGCCACAUGUUUCUUAUUAACCGUCAAGUGCCGCAGUCUUGAAAGUUUCACCAAAACAUUAUUUUCAGAAAGUGGUUUUAAAUAAUUUGGAUAUGGCAGAAUUUAAUGAAGUAUUCGAGCCUCUAAAGAAAAGUACAAAUCAGAAGAAAUAUAGCACCACCUCAAAUGACACGUCACAGAGGAUUAGGCGGAUCCAUGUCCGUGCGGCGCGGAGGAAGAAGGAUCGCUGCUUCCACUAUUUGGCGGGGGUCCUCCAUUGUUACAAUGUGUUUUUGUUGGUACUGGGAUCCGGAGUGGUUGGGUCGGGGAUAUGGCUACUGGUAAAGGAUUACAAUGCCCGGGAGCUGUCCGCCCUCUUCGACAUUUUUCAUCUUGAGUAUAUGGCCUACUUUCUGACCUGCGGGGGCGGGGCCGUGUUUAUCCUCGCCUUUUGUGGAUGUUGUGGCACAAUGAAGAAAGAGAAGUUUGUUCUUGGAUUUUAUGGCGGAGUGCUGACGUUGGUACUGGCAUUGUUGGUUGGUGGGAGUGUAAUGGGAUUUAUUCUAAAAGGAAAACUUGAUGAAGACAUUAAAUUGCACUUCCAGUAUACACUGGAGAGACAGUAUGGUGUUGAUCUAAACAAAAAUUCAGGAAAUAAUCUUAUAACGGAUGCCUGGGACGCCAUGCAGAGAACGCUCAAAUGCUGCGGUGCGUACGGUGACAAAGAUUCACAAACGUCCUGGGCAUUUUACAGAAACACAGAUUGGUACAUAAAGCGACCGACCCAUAUAAUGUAUCCGUUUGUGCCCAAGAGCUGCUGUGUCCCGGGGAUGAAUGUGUUUGACUGUCAGGGCAUCAGGAAUGAAUUUAACGGUUACCCCGUAAGGGCCCCGCCACCAGCCAGGGGCACAGUGGAGAAUCCUAGCUUAUAUAAGGAGGGCUGCUACGACAAGGCAUUGGAGUACAUCAAACAACACUCCUUGUACAUUACAAUAGGAUGUGCUACUGUGCCAUUGCUUUUGUUGGUGGGGAUCGUUGUUUCAUGUUACAUGUGCUGCAUUGUAAAAAAUGAUGACGAUGACGAAGAGGAAGAUGAGGAAAACGAGGCACAUGUUUGAUGACAUUAUUAUUUAUUAAUCAUUCCGUCCGGGGUUAUGACCUCUUAUCCAGUCUUCCAAGGUCAAGGACAAAGUGCCUAAUUGAUACUGCAUUCAAUGUGACAGAAUUGGUAAAGAAUACAAUCCUUGUUUUGACAGUAUGGACAUGAACUAUAAAGAAUUUAUCUGAUGAUUGGACUAAUCCUUAAAAUGAUGAACUCAGUCAUCGUCACGUUGUCAUGGGGAUAAUAAUGUGUUCACAAAUUUGUGAAGUCCAUUUGUGUUAAACUAUCGUCAGCAGACAUUCCAUUGGCCAAGAAGUCUUAAGAACAUCGGCUUGUCGCUGGGGACAGUCGGUGCUCUGAUGUCCAGCGAUGCUCACGGAAAGCUAAAAUGUGUUAGAUGAGAGUUCGCGUGAUUGGUUGUAUUUAUUACACAUACCAAAAGAUAUCAAAUUGUCCACUAGAGAUUCUGUGGCAGAACAGUGGCGGGAAUUAUUCACGAGGUAUUUACAUAGAAUGGAUAAUACUUUUUUACGGAAUAAAUAAGAGUAGGAACUUUGGGCAUGCAAAUAAAAUUGCUUAUGCAAUUGAUGACUAUAUCUGACUCCACUACUGGAGUCGCUGUUUGUGCACGUCACUGUUAGCAAUCACCAAGUGAUUCGAUCUUAGCUCCACGGUGCCAUCAUAUAGAAGAUAAAAUAAUUAACAUCAUUGUUUAUUAUGUUGCAGUUUUCCAGAUAGACCAGACUUUUAUAUGCAGGAUGGAUCCAAUUUUGAUUUUAAAUACCUUCUUUCUUUCUUAUUCUUCAACAGGAUUUCUAAGUUUUAAAGACAAAUCCGCCAUAUUGUGAUUUCUAUUUAUAGAUAAAACGCAUCAUGAUCAAUCAGACACCCUGCUAUUAGUUGAUACUCGGCGUUACUAUUUUUAAUUUUAUAGACCUCUAUUGGAGACUUUAAAGCUGUGUUUUGCUUUUUUUAAGUUUUCUGUUAUUUGCAUUACCACAAGGCUGUAAAUUUUGUAAUUUUUUUUUCCUCGGUAUGCUUGAACAUGGAUGGUGUGAAUGAUUUAAUUCUGGUUGAGAGUGAUCGAGAAUUCAUUCUUUUUAAAAUUUUAGCAGUUUCAAAUUUUUUAAUGUGCAAGUCAUGAGCACAAUUUAUCUUGUGAUCAUUAGGGACCAUUUUUGGGACCAAUUGUGAAAUUGUUUAUACGAUGAUUGUGCAAUUUAUCGAUGUUUUAACUGCAUUUAUGAUUUUUAUGAAAGUUCCGUUUUCGUUGGGUAUUCACUUACUAUUUACUUUUGUUUAUGAAUAAAACUUGAUGUAUUUUGAUGAUAAUAAAAGUAUUUAAAAAAUAAA